CAUAUUAUUGCUAUUGCAGUUGAUGUUGAUGCUUCUUAGAGGGAAGGUGGAGGGGCCUGCCAUUUCUGUGCUUGUAUGGGUUGCUGAGCUUGCUGAGGAUGUGGGGGAAGUGGAACCCCUAUUAUUUAUGGCAUCCAAAUUACCUGUGGCAUCAGGCUUAUACAACUACGCACGCCUUGCUGUCAACUCAACUACUUAUGCCAAACGAAUGAACCGACUCAGCAAUCACAUUUUUGGAGAGGUUGUGCGGCCCACUUCCAAACCGUCAAUGCGUGUAGUCAAGUUGUUUAGUGAAAGGCCACUUGACCUGCGACCUGAGAUUACUGACUACUAUCCACGUCACACUGAGACAUACAUCCUCAUGAUGACUCUCAGGAAGUAUGGGCUUUUCCGAGAUGAACACCAAGAUUUCAAAGAAGAGAUGAUUCGGCUCCGAAUACUGCGUGGGAAAGGCAAGCCAAAGAAGGGUGAAGGAAAACGUGCCAAGAAAUGAUUAAGGACACCAAUGCCCUCUACACAGCUUUUAUUAACUUUGUAAAUGAAUAAAUAAAUAAAUAGAGAUAGAUAGAAAUAUCUCUGGUUUUAUAUAUAUAUAUAUAUAUAUAUAUAUAUAUAUAUAUAUAUAUAUAUAUAUAUAUAUAUAUAUAUAUAUACUAUAAACUAAUCCAAAAUACAUAUACAAUAUAAAAAGGGUAAAAGACACUAACCCAUAAGGGUACAGCAACAUGUAUAAAACAAAAUAGAGAGCUAUACGUGAGGCAAAACACUGAAUAGUAAUAAAAAAAAAAAAAUGUAUAGUCAAUAAAGCUAUAUGGUAAGACAUUUGUAGGCACUGAGUUAUGCAAAAAACAAGUGGAAAGAAUAAUGGUAUAGUGUAGUAAAACAGAUCUGGUGUGCUCUUGCUGGCAGGGAGAUGAGGACUGACAAAGGGUGGCAGCAUGGGAGUAAGACUGGUUGGACUGGGAGUAACCUGGAACAACAUUUCACCUUCUCAGAAGUUCCUCACUUCUGCACCAACAAGAGCACACCAGGUCUGUUUUACUACACCAUACCAUUAUUUUUUUCACUUGUUUUUGCUUAACUCAGUGCUUACAAUUAUGUUUUACCAUUUAUCUUUUAUUGUCUACACAUUUGUUUUUUUUUUCAAUACUAUUCCAAUAUUUUGCCUCACUCUAUAGAUCUGUUUUGUUUUAUGCAUGUUGCUGUACCCCUUUAGUGUUUUAUCUUUUUUAUAUUGUAUACAGAGUAUAACGAGUUCCGAAUUUUCAGAGAUAUGAGCAGUCUACUUGCAAAAUCAAAUUGCGCUCUCGAUAUUGUUCCCUUUGCUAACCCUAAGUUCAAACUUGGCGCUACGUGCCAUAUUUACCUAUAAAUAUGCCGCUUCGCCACUACCCACACAGCACAGCAGCACAGUAAAGAACUGCUCUCUGCCCCAGGACACAAGCCCUGUAGCAGUUUAUUUUGAGAUAGUAGUUUAAAAUUUAAAUUUAAUUUAAAUAACAUCUUACUGCACCACAAUGACAUCGCUCAUAGCGUAUGGACCUCCACCAGUCGGCUUCUGAGAAGCAAAGAGACUGGAGGGUUGUGCUACAUGGUGUAGGAAGCCUGCUCCAUUACAUUAAGUCCACAAAUAGGCAGACAUACCCGUCUUAUGCUUUCAGCCAGCCAUCUUAAUAAAUUAUAUGAAUAAAGACGUGUAUAAGCCAAGAAGGAGAGAGGGAGAAAGGAAAAAAAUGUGCAUGAGAGAGUCUCAUAACUUGGGGCUACACCUGCUGGACUUUGGCUACACUCACUCAAGUCCAUGAAUAAAGAAACAAAUUUG